AUGAGUCUAGAUGUUCCGGAAAAAAAGGAACAGGUCACAUACAUAAAUACACUAAAAAAGGAGGUGCGCGAGAUUUUGCGUCUCCCUCACCUGGUAUUGAUUUUCUUUAUUCCCUCUCUCUUUCUCUUUCUCUCUUAUUUGUCUUUUCCCUCGAUUUUUCCCUCUCCUUUUCUUUUUAGAAUACCGUGCAGCCGGUUGUCCGAGAGAUUUUUUGUCAUUUUUAAUGGAAUGGGGGAGAAUUUUUGCUAUUUCUAUGACAUUUUUGAAAAAUGUUCUGUUCUCCACAUGACAUGACUCAUAAUUUUUGCCUUUUUUGAAUUUCUUUCUUUUUUUCUGAAUGUUACUAAUACAUACAAUUCUGUACUUUUUUGUUGAUCAAUCUACUUAUUCCUACUUGUGUUUGGAAAAGUUGUUGACUUCUAUUUACUUUUCUCAAAGUUUGUGUCGUUUCCAAAAAUUCUCAAAUUCUAAAUUCAUGAAAAAUUAACAUAAUCCACCCUCAUCUUUUUUUCAAAGAAAGAUUUAUCUGCUUCGAGAUCUCUUGAGAAAAAAAAGAAGAUGAAGAGGAUUUUUUGACCUACUAGUUUCAAAAUAAUAAAAAUUUCCUAAUCCAGAAUUAAUUGUGAGUAGGAAAACGUGACUUAUUUUUCAUUUCGAAAUAAUUUUGAAAUACACAUUUCAAAAUUUUCAGGACUUUUGAAAAAUAUAUUUUUUAAUAUUUCAGAGUAGGGAUUUCAAAAUUAGAGUUCGUCUCUCAAAUUUUAGUUUAAAAAUUGAAUUCCAAAAAUAAAAAUCUUGUUAGAAAUAGUUUUGAAGCAUCUCAAAGUUCUAAACAAAUCCCCAAAAAAUCGUCCAAGUUUUCUGAAAACACAUGACCUAUCUAUCAUUCAUUUCAAUCUGUAUUUUUUCAGAAAAGUAAAUAAAUAACCGGUUUUCUAUCUCUGUUAUUUUCAUUUUAUAUAUUAUCAUCAUAUUCAUUUCAUGAACUUUGUAGUAUUUAUAAAUACAUUUUCCCACAAUUACAGUACUAACAAACUUGUGCAAAUUCUAAGCCGGAUUGCAUCAAAAUUAACACACUAACUUCGUUUUUCAAUUCGGUUGUCGAACCGUCGACGUCGGCAGAUGAUGUAACAAAAAACAAUAUUUAGAAGGUCAAGAAAAAUAUUUGUGUUUUUUUGCAGAAACAACUCAAGGAGCGGGUUAAUGAAGUCGAGCAAUUAAGAAAACAAACAGCGAAAGCAGAUAGUGAUCGGUUAGUUUAGUUUUUCUUCAAUUACUAGAAACUAGAAAAAAUGAAUAAAUGGAAAAAAUCGGAAAUGUGUGUCUGAAAGAAAAUUCUACGAAAAAAUAAUAAAUAAAAAUAUUCAUGUGUAAAAGCUUUUAAUCGAAAAGACUCACAAAUAUCCGGUGUGUUAGAUAGCGUGAUGACACGCGAUAAACUCUCAUUUUAUAAUUUUUGAUAACUUUUUCUAGUUUAGUUCAAAUUGGGGUUAUAGUAUUUUUUGGAUUUUCAAGUUUUGAGAGAUUCAGUGAUUUCGUGUUUUAUAAGAGGGAUUAUAGUUGAAUAUUACAGCGCAAUGUGGAUGUCAAAAACACCUCAAGAUGUUCUUACUCUUCAAGCUGAAAAACAAGAACUUCGUCGUCAACUUGAUAGAGAACAAUCUGAAAAACAAGAACUAUUUAUGCAAAUCAAUUCAAUGAUUGCACAAUUAGCUGAUGCUGGAGAUCAGCAAGAAGUUGAUCGAUUGAAAUUAGAAGUUUCAUCGUUGAAAAGAGAAUUGGAGGCGGAAAAAAUUUCGAGUUCUGCCGAAUCAUCAAGAUUAAUGUCGGAAGUGUCAAAAAUUAAAAGAGAUAUGGAAACUGGUGACAAGGAUAAAGAGAAAAUGGAGGAAGAGAUCGAAAAUCUUCAAAGACAAGUUGAUAUCAAAUCAGCUUCAAUACAAUCACUUAUGUUGGCCAAAUCUGAUUCGAGUAAAAGUGUUAAUGAAGAUCUUGAAAGAGUGAGAAAUGAGAAUGAUGAAUUAAGAAAGAAGUUGGCUAAUUCUACGAGUGAUAUUGUUGAAAAACAAUCAGAAAUUAUGAGAUUGAAAGAUGCAUCAUCGGUGAAUGAAGUUACAAAACAAAAACUUGAACAAGUUCAACAAAGACUUGAAACAGUUGAAAAACUUUUGCAAGAUGAAAAAUCACAAAAAGAUCGGAUCAUGUCUCAAACUGAAGAACUAAAAAGUGCUCUUCAUACAUCCGAAGAAGCGCUGAGUCGACUUAAAUCAAAAAUCGGAGAAUUUGAAGAAGAUGCAAUUACACUUCGAACUCAAAAUACACAACUCCAAACAUUGAAAGAAACAAGUGAAGCAAGUAGUAGCAAAGAACUAGAUGAAGAAAAAGAGAAAAAUCGGAUAUUGGAAGCAACGUUGAAAGAUAAAGAUGCUAAAAUUGAUGUAAGUUCAAAUUAAACAUGGAUGGAUAAAAACUUUCAAGUAAAUUUUUUUUUUAGAAAAUCAGAGUUGAAGUUUUGUCAGCAGAAUCGAGAGCACAACAAGCUGAAUCAGAUCUGAAAGCAAUGGAAAAUCGAGCACAGACAGCAGAAAGAAAAGAACAACAAUUGGAAGCACAGCUUGCAGCAAGAGGAGAUUCGAAUGAACAAAUCGAGUUGUUGAAAAUUGAACUAGCAAAAUCAGAAGAAAGAUAUCAGUUGGCUCAAGUGAGAUUGCAAAAAAUGGAGAGUCAAUUAAAAGACAAAGAUGGAGAAAUGAAACAAGUUUAUGAAAGAUUGGGAGCUGACAUUGGACAAAAAACUGAGUUAGAAGAACAAAUUUCAAAAGCAAAUGAAGAAAAAUCAGAACUCAAUGAUCAAGUGUAAGUUGAAUGGUUUUUAAUGUUACAUUUCUAAAUUUGAACUUUUCAGCCUCACUUUGAAACUUCAACUUGCCGCUGACAAAGAGAAAAUCAAAAGUCUUGAAUCAUCCGUCGAAGAACUUCGAGAAGAUAUUCGAAAACAAGAUUCAGCAUCAAAAAUGUCGGUCGCUGAUGAAAUCACAACUCUCAUGAGCUCAUUGAACUCUGUACGUCAAGAAAAUAGCCAAUAUGAAGAAGAAGUUAGAACAUUACAAGGUGAAAUGAGAAAACUACGAGAUGAAUUAUAUACUCAACAAGAUGAUGCUGCACAAUGGAAACAGAGAGCUGAAAAAGCUGAAAGUGAUAUUGAGCAUCAAGUGAAAAGAGUUGAAAUUAUUCAAUCAAAUCAAGAUACAAUUUCACAACGCUUUGAAGCAGAGAAAAAACAUUUCGAAGAUCUGAUUGAAAAAUCAAAACAAGAAAAAGAUGAAAUAAAACGAGAAUCAAUGGAAACUCUCACAAAACUUCGAUCUGAAACUAUGGAAUCAAAUAUAUCGCUUGAAAGAGAAAACAAAGAAGUCAAAGAAAAAAUUGAAACUCUUCAUAGAGAAUUGGAAUUUUCGAAAAAACGCAUUGAACAACUUCAAGAUGAUCAAUGUAAAUUUAUCGGAUCUCAAGAUGAAAUGAAAUCUGAAUUAUUGAAAGAAGUUAGAGAACAACAAGAUAAAUCAGAAGAAAUGAGUUUGGAACUUGCAUCAUUGAAAUCGAAGAAUGUAUCAUUGACAGCAGAAAAUGAAGAAUUAACAAAGUUGUCAAAACAAUUGAGAGAAAAAUUAGAAGAACUUCAAGCAAAAUACGAUGAAGCAACUGAAGAACUCAAAUUCGCAGAAGAAGAAUUACAUCGUUUGAAAGAAAUGCAGAUUUUAUUUGGUGGAAAUAUGGAAAGUAAAAUUGGAGAAUUGCAAGAGGAAAACAAAAAGAAGUUUGAUAAAAUGUUGGAAGAUCACAAAAAAGAGACCGAUAUUUUACGCGAAGAAAUCAAAAAAUCAAAUACUGAACAAAAUUCAUUAGAGCAAGUUAUUGAAGAUCAACAAAAAGAACUUGUAAAACAUCGUGAAGAAACUGAUGCAUUGCAAGAUCAAAUUCGAAGUUCAGAAUCAAAACUUGCCGAACUUCAGAAAACACACGAUGCAAAGUUAAUUGAAGUGAACAAAACCAAUGAAUCUCUGAUUAAUAAUGUGCAAGAUAUGACAAAACUUCUGAAAGAUGAAACAAAUCGGGUUGAAGAAUUGAGAAAAGAAAAUAAGAAAUUGGAAGAAGAUCUUGACAAACUUCGAAAAGAAGGAAGUGGUUCUGCUGAACUUGUAGCUGAAAAUGCGAGACUUGCUGGUGAAUUAUUGAAAUCACAUUCAACAACUGAGAAGCUUGUACAAUCUGAAAGAGAACAAGUAACGAAACAAUUCGAGGAAAGACUCAAAAAGUAAGUCAACCUAGAUAAGCCUCAAUUAAUUAAUUAAUUAAUUAAAUGACAAUAACCAAUUUAGUGUGUCGCUCGAAAAAACCCGACUAGCAUCUGACUAUCAAGCUGCUGUUGCAAAACUCGAAACUAAACUCGACGAACAAAAAACACAAUUGGAAAAUGCUGAAAAACGGUAAGGCUUUUAUACAUAUUUCUAAAAAAAGUGUUGGCAUGUGCAUGUUUUUUGACUAACCAUGAAUUUUAGACGUGGCAACGAUUUACAACAAUUGGAAAUGAUUCGAGAAGAAAUGUCACAAGUCAAAGCGGAUUAUGAGAGGUGCUUUCUUUUUUUGAGUUUUGCAUGCUUUUUGUAGUGAUGUGAAUUAUCCAUUUCAAAGAUAAUUUCAAGUUUACUGUAAAUUUGCCUGUAAAACUGAUAUAUAGCUUGAUUUAGACAAAAAUCUAUAUUCAUAUUUUCAGACUUCAAUCAAAUGGUGGUCCAGUUGCUCCACCUCGCUCAACUCGUACAAUUUCCAAUAUGUCAGCAAUGACAAAUUGGACUCAAGCUGAUUUCAGUGAUUGUGAAGAUCUACAGCGAUUGCGAGGUGAAAUCGACAAACAGAAACGGUUGAUUAUUGUGUUGCGGCGAAAAUUGCAAAAAGCUCAACAAGAAUUACAACAUUGA